CGAAAGCAAGAGAAUUGCAUGAAAUUUUUUAAACAAUAUGAAGGAUCCAAAGUAUUCACAGGCUCCUAUAGAGGAUCUGGCGGAAUUGCGAAGCUACUUUUCUACUCACGAUGUAGUUCGAGAGUACAUUGCUCACAGUUCGAAAGUGCAUUCUGUUGGCUGGUCUUGUGACGGUAGAAGACUUGCUUCGGGAUCUUUUGAUAAAAGUGUCGCUAUUUUUAAUUUGGAAAAAAAUAGACUGGUACAAGAUUUUGUAUUUAGAGGUCACACAGGCUCCGUAGAUCAGUUGUGCUGGCAUGCGUCACACCCAGACCUGCUUAGCACAGCCAGUGGUGAUAAAUCAGUCAGGAUUUGGGAUACAAGGACACACAAAUGUGCAGCAACAAUACCCACCAAAGGCGAGAACAUCAAUAUAGCAUGGUCACCAAAUGGGAGCACCAUAGCUGUGGGAAAUAAGGAGGAUUUGAUCUCUUUUAUUGAUACUAAGACUUAUAAAGUUGUCAAUGAAGAGCAGUUCAAUUUUGAAGUGAAUGAGAUCUCGUGGAAUCUCUCCUCGGAUCUUUUCUACUUGACAAAUGGGCUUGGCUGUGUGCAUAUUAUGACCUACCCCUCCCUAGAACUGCAGACAGUGCUAAAGGCGCACCCUGGCACAUGCAUUUGCAUCGAGCAUGACCCUACAGGGCGCUACUUCGCAACCGGCUCGGCUGACGCGCUCGUUUCGCUCUGGGACAAUGAGGAGCUGGCUUGCUUACGAGUUUUCUCGAGGUUAGAAUGGCCUGUACGAACGUUGUCCUUCAGCUUCGACGGCAGACUGCUCGCUUCGGCUAGCGAAGAUCAUGUCAUUGAUAUUGGUGACACAGAAACAGGCGAAAAAGUAGCAGAGAUCCCGGUCCAAGCAGCAACGUUCACUGUAGCAUGGCAUCCGUCCCGCUACCUAGUGGCAUUUGCUUGCGAGGACAAAGAACCGCCAGAGCGGAAACGCGAUGCUGGCAACCUUAAGCUAUGGGGACUGCCUAGUAGUAGUUAGUGUUUGUAACAUGAAAACCAUUAUUAUUUAAUUACUUUUUUCUUAACGUGUGUCAUGGGGAUAAAGAUGGACAAACGGUCAAACGCUAUCAAUCAAAGGGCACCGCAAAUAAGCAAAAAGAAGAAGAUGAAGAAGAAUUUUGUUAGUUUGACAUACCACUUUUUAUAUUUUUAUUAUGGGUAUAAAAAUAAAGAACGUUUCUAUAUUCAAGCUUUCC